ACAACGAGCCACACAUCAGCCACUCCCGUUCAAAUUUGAAGCUUCGAGCUCCCAGUCGCGGCCGGCCAUGUCACAUAAAAUGACCCGGCAGAAACAUGACAUGACUGACCUAACCAGAAGAGGCCCUUGAAGCUCCAAUUCCCUCGCCGCCGAAAUCACAGACACACACCACCGCUCCCGAGACCCUUUACCGCACAUCCUACCUAUCCACCACGGCCAUGCGCCCGCUCGCCUCAGGCUCCCUUCGGAGCAUCGCAUCGAGCAUCACCGCCGCUUCCAGACCUCGAGCCCAGCCCGCCUUCUGCCACCAAUGCCUCCGUCAGCUAUCGACGACGGCCGCCGCGGCGAGCGGGCAUAACAAGUGGUCCAAGAUCAAGCACAGGAAGGGCGCCGCAGAUGCGCAGAAGAAUAGCAUGCGCAGCCAGCACUCCAAGACGAUCGCCCUCUACUCACGACUAUACGGGACCAACGACAAUCCUCAACUAGCCACAGCGAUCGCGAACGCAAAGAAAUCCGGCGUCCCCAAGAACGUGAUCGAUUCCGCGAUAGCCCGCGGCCAGGGGCGCACCGCCUCGGGCGCCUCCCUCGAGACGCUGACCCUCGAGGCCAUCCUGCCGCCCGGCGUCGCCCUCAUCAUCGAGGCCGAGACAGAGAGCAAGGCCCGCAGCCUGCAGGACCUCAAGGUGCUGAUCAAGAAGCACAAGGGCGCGGCCAACACGGCGACCUUCUUCUUCACGCGCCUCGGCCGGGUCGUCUUCGAGGCCAGGGAGGGCGGGCCGGGCAUCGACGACAUCAUGGACGACGCCAUCGAGGCGGGCGCCGAGGACCUGGAGACCGACGACGAGGGCAACCUCGUCGUCUGGACGCAGCCCAACAUGACCAACGCGGUCGCCAGCGGCGUGGGCCCCAAGUUCGAGCUGAAGCUGCUCGGCUCCGACAUCAUCUGGUCUGCCAACGAGGACACCAAGGUCAAGCUCGACGAGGGGCCCGAGGCCUCGACUCUCGGUGAGCUGCUGGCCGCGCUGCAGGAGCUCCCCGAGGUGCAGGCCGUGUACGGCAACCCCUCCAGGGGGAACAUACCCGAGGAGGAAUGGGCCAGGAUCGAGGAGAACCUGGACUCCUAAGCGAUAGGAUAACGAUCAGCCUCGGAUAUAAUGAGAUGUUGGAUAUUGGGACGAGCAGUAUCGUCAGGGUCCUUCUUCCCCCUUCCCGCCCCCCUUUUAUUGUACAACAUGUAGAAACAGAUAAAUAAUACAACCGCGCAAUGGCAGCUCCGAGAGGAGGCGAUGCCUGGGUGCAGCCGGAGAGUCCGGGGGACAACCCAAC